UUGCAAUUACUAUCGAUUGCACAGUACAAGAUCUCUCUCGUCGCUGUCGAUGCGUUCGUUGCACGUUGGCAGUAACCAAGAAAAUUAAUCGGCGAAGAUCAGUUAGGCGCCUAAACAGUUGGAGCUUGAUCAGAUAGUCAGCAUUGGGGAUACAAUCGUUGCUAGUGAUUCUCAGACAAGAAAGUUGGGACUGCCAAUAUGUUGAAGUUUUCGCUGACGUUCCUUGCAAUAACCUUAGUUGCACUUUUCGUUGUGGAGCUCUCGAGUGGUCAACCUACAAAUGGCUCACAAUCAACCAUCAACAACAAUACAGAAGAAAGUACGUUAUCGUCCCGACAACCCGGAGGAAAAAUCUGCUGUACGCCGACUUUAGAUAGAAACGAUUACAUUGUUACGCCGGGGCUGGGAGCCCACAAGCUUCAUAAGCGGGGAGUGACGUGGAACGAUGCGCGAUUGAUCUGUCUGAUGGAAGGAGCUCACUUGGCCCUGUUAGAUUCCGCGAGAAAAGCGGCCCUGUUCGAAGACUGGAUGACAAAAGAGUCUAAGUCGCUUGCCUGGAUAGGCUUCCACGAUCUGUUUCAGGAAGGGUCCUGGACCACUGUGACCGGCGAGUUGGUCGAUACAAUGGCGUAUCAACCAUGGGCUAAAGGCCAGCCCAACAAUUUCGGGAAUAUACAGCACUGUGGGUUCAUCUGGAACCAGAACAAGAAUGGUAUUGGGGCUCACGACGGCCCGUGCGCUAACAACUAUUCGUUCAUCUGCGAAAUCAAUUUGUGUAGCGCUUUAAAUCCUAUUACAGUUUCGAAUGGAAAGCUGGGUAACUGAGCUCAUAGCUCGGCUUUCGAGCGUGAUUAACGUAGGUUAGAUGUCCCAGUUUUCGCGCAUGUCUUAAUUUCUGUGGCCCCGGAUUAGGAUUGUAUUGAAAAAGAAAGUUUUAUAUAUGAAUUGAUGAUCUAUACUUUUUUAUUAGGCUUAUCCAUCAAUAUGUAAGAGUGGGGAUGAGGUAUUAAUUUAUAUAUAAAACCUUUAUUUUUCUAUAUAUUUUUUGUAUGUAUUCUACGUAAAAAUAUGAAAGAUACGUUUGACGUAUUAAUUAUUUCAAUCGACACUUAUAUUGAUGAACACUCUGUCGACCUGACUGCAACCUAGCUAAAUGUAAGGGUUUGCAUGGAUGGAUGAAAAGGGCACAGCUUUCUUUGAAAGACAAACGCAUUCUGUUUCAAGUUCUCGCCAAGCAAUGAAUGUCACGACUGUCACGCUGUCAAGAUAUGAAAGGAAUAGUGUUUGCUCGUUGCGAAAGUUGCGAAAAAUAUGUUUCCUGUCACUCAGUUCUUUAUAGCUAACAAUUGACAAUAAUUAUCAUAAAUAUAAUAGGCAAAUUCAUGUAACUCACUUUUAUAUAAUACAUCUAAUUAGCUUUGAGCAGAUGA